AUGGCAUUGACAUCAUGGAAAGCGUUCAACUUCAUCGACGUCUCUCCGGUAAAGCUACCAGAGGAGAGUGCCGCGCUCUUCGGUAGCGAUCUUUCUAGCCUCUGUACUGGAUCAGCAAAUCUCUUCCUCGGUACCACAGAUGGUUUUGUACACGUUGUCUCCUCGACCUUCCGAGUCGUACGCUCGUUCAAGGCCCACGAUACUGGCUCGAUCACGCAUAUGAAACAGAUCGAUGGGACUGCGCUUCUUGUUACUGUGGCAGAGGAUUUGUCUAAUGAGCCUGUUCUGAAAGUUUGGGGCUUGGAUACAGAGACAAAAGGCGGCAACCCGCGGUGUUUAUCAACGGUGUCGGUGCAGAACGCCCGGCGCCAGUUUCCGAUAUCUGCAUUUACGGCACUCGACGACCUCUCACAGGUGGCUGUUGGAUUUGCGAAUGGGUCUGUGACUAUUAUUCGCGGUGACUUAAUUCACGAUCGUGGCGCGCGCCAGCGCAUAGUUUUCGAGUCUGAGGAGCCGAUCACUGGUCUUGAAACACAGUAUGGGCCAGUUACUGUGUUGUAUAUCGCAACCACAAGUAGAAUUUUAACUCAGGUCAUCGCUGGAAGGGGCCAGGGCCAGCCUGCUCGUAUCUUAGAGGAUACAGGAUGUGGCCUGGGGUGUAUGACGCUCGAUAGUGAUUCUGGUGAUAUUCUCAUAGCCAGAGAAGAUUCAGUCUAUACAUACGGCCCUCGUGGUCGUGGCCCGAGCUAUGCAUUUGAAGGUCCCAAAACUUCUAUCAAUUCUUUCCGAGAUUAUGUGGCCUUGGUUUGUCCGCCGAAAGCUGGUGCUGCAAAGACCGAUUCCUUGCGGAAGUACGUCAAUCCUGCAGACAGUCUCUUUGGCACUACGACCUUCACAUUACUGGACACCGAUCUGAAAUUCAUUGCCCAUAGUGAGACUCUUGUUUCUCCGAUGAAGCAGAUUUUCAUGGAAUGGGGGGAUUUGUUCCUUCUCACUACAGAUGGAAAGGUAUUCCGUUAUCGAGAGAAAAGCUUGCAGCAAAGACUUGAGAUCCUGUACGAUCGCAACCUCUAUAUCCUCGCCAUUAAUCUUGCCCAGAAGAUCGGGAUCGAUUAUUUGCAGCAGAAUGCUAUCUAUCGCAAGUAUGGUGAUUUCCUGUACCAGCGUGGUGACUAUGAUACUGCUAUGCAGCAGUAUCUUCGCGCCAUUGACAAUACUGAGCCUUCUCAAGUCAUUCGCAAGUACUUGGACACACAACGGAUUCACAACUUGAUUGAGUAUCUUGAAGAGCUCCACGAUCACGGCCGCGCAACAGUCGAUCAUACAACCCUUCUUCUUAACUGCUACGCGAAAUUAAAAGACACGACAAAGUUAGACUCAUUUAUCAAAGCUCCUGGCGAACUGAAGUUUGAUCUGGAGACCGCGAUUGCCAUGUGUCGUCAGGGUGGAUACUAUGAGCAAGCAGCAUACCUGGCGACGAAGCACGGGGAGAACGACAUGGUUGUUGACAUCCUGAUUGAGGACUCAAAGAACUACGAUGAAGCAGUGAACUACAUCUGGCGACUGGAACCCAAAGUGGCUUAUCACAACCUAAUGAAAUAUGCGCGGGUUUUGCUGGCACAUUGUCCUGAACAAACAACCGAGCUCUUCAAAAUCUAUUACACGGGGAAGUACCAGCCACGGACUGCAGUCGAAACUGUAAUCGAAACUCCUAUCACACCUCAACCAGAGCUAGCACAACCUUUGGAACCUACUAGCGCGAUGCAGAGCUUGACAGGAAUUCUUCCGCUGCGAUAUCUUCCUAGUCUUCCUCAUCAGGAGUCUGCCCCAGAGACUGUCGUUGCCCCCGAGGAAACGCCCAUUAUUGAGCCGCCAUCAUAUCAUGUCCCGAAGCCCCGUACUGCUUUUUCUGCGUUUGUAGACCACCCGAAGGAAUUCAUCAACUUCUUAGAAACGCUUGUCCAGCAGAAGGAACUGAAAAAGGAGGCCAAGAUUGACCUCUUUACCACCCUGUUUGAGAUGUAUCUCGACACCGCCAAGGGCAAGAAAGAUGUGACUGAAAAGCAAAAUUGGGAGGACAAGGCAAAGAAGUUAAUCGAAGGCAAAGACAUUCCCAUUUCUACCUCCAACGUCCUACUUAUCUCUGAUCUGUCUGAUUUCCGCGAAGGAUCAACGCUGGUGCGUGAGCAAGAGGGACUGCGAUUGGAUAUAUUUCGAUCCUUUACUUCGGCAAAGGAUACCCAAGGGGCCAUCACAGCCUUGAGACGUUACGGCCCCGAUGAGCCUCAGCUAUACAUCGACGCCUUGACAUAUUUUGCAUCUAGCCCGCAGGUCCUAGAUGAAGCAGGUGACGAGCUGGAUGUGGUUCUGCAUCGCAUUGACGAGGAAGGUCUUCUCUCUCCACUACAAGUAAUCCAGGCUCUCAGCAACAAUGCCGUCGCAACAAUGGGCCGCGUAAAGAAGUACCUCAGCGACAACAUCGAGCGUGAGCGCAAAGAGAUAUCAACCAACCGCCGUCUCAUUGCAAGCUACAAAUCUGAAACAGCCACCAAGCAACAAGAACUCCAGAACCUAGCCACCCAACCUAUCGCUUUCCAAUCCCGCCGCUGUCAAUCAUGCGGCGGAACCCUGGAUCUACCUACAGUCCACUUCCUAUGUCGCCACUCCUUCCACGAACGCUGCCUCAACCGAGUCGACGAUGAUGCCCAAUGCCCCGUCUGCGCCCCAACUAAUGCUACCCUCCGUGCUAUCCGUCAACGUCAAGUUGAUUCGGCUGAUCAGCAUGAUCUGUUCAAGUCUGAGUUGGAACGCUCUCGGGAUCGCUUUGGUGUUGUAAGUGACUUCUUUGGGCGAGGUGUCAUGGGGUCUCAAACUCAGAGUCCAACGAUUGAUGGAUGA